GUACCAGCCUGACGGAUGCGGAGUUGUUUACCAAAACAAAAUUAAAACAAAACCGACGCACCCAGCACGGACGCCAUUGGGCGGGCCACACACAACACCACACGAUGCACUCGUACCGGGCGAACGUGAACCGCAAACACUGUGCGUACUUCCGGUGCAACAACAACUCGGUGUCCACUCCGGAUAUCACAUUCUUCGGCUUCCCGAAACCGUUCGACCGCUACGAGACGUGGAUGAAGUUUGCGGGCGUGCCGCACGAGCUGCUCGAGAACAAGCGGUACCGGUAUCUGUGCGAGCGCCACUUUGCCGACAUCUAUAUGUGCCGCAGCCAGCGACGGACGCUGCUGCUGGGUAAUGCGGUACCCUACCCGUUCGACCAGUCGAUUGUGACGGAUUGCGACGCGUCGGAGGGAACGGUCGAAGUGUACGAGAUGGAGUCGGACGGGACGCUCGCGAAAGUCGCACCUUUGCGGCCGCUUGACGACAACGAGGGCGCCGAGUCGACGGACAUGGAGCAGACCAGUGAGACGGACACGGAAGCGUUAAGUUCCCCCACGGUGACCGUCGUUCGCUCCAGCACUUCCGAGGAGCUGCAGGAUACGCUAAGGGUUGAGGAGGUGCCGGAUUCGAAGAAAGGCUCCCAGAAGGAAGAACCGAAAUCGGAAGCUGUUUCGUCGGCCGGCAGCAGCCACAAGCAGAAGCUGGUCGCCUCGAAGAUAGCGGAAAUGAAGGUGAAGGUGCGGAACACCGCUGCUGCCGGUGCGAUCACACCCAACCACCGGGAGGCAGCCGGCAAGAGGGUGGUGCUGAACGGCAAAACGAUACGCCUGGUGCCGAUCCAAUUCCGCAACAUCAUGCACAAACAGUCGGAAACGGACCCGGAAGUGACGAUCGUCGACAACGACCACGAGGACGGGGGCAAGCCGGAUGAUGCUUCCGGCGAGGUGCCGAACGCCUCCAAGAGUGUGAAAUCUCCGGUUUCGUCAUCCACCAACUCGCACGACGAACCCGUUGAAGGGCGGGAAGAUGAGCCGGCGGAGAGCAGCGCAGGGGGCCAGCAGGCGACGGAGCGGGACGACAAAAUCAGCGAAUUCAUCUUCAAAGGCGAGGAGUACGUGCAGAUGCCGAAGGCGCACUUCGUCGGCAAGCUCAGCAAGCUCGAGCAGCGGGUGGCGCACUACGAAAGCGUCAUCAGGAACAUGCGCUCCAUACUCGACCACGCCAGUCCCUUCGGUUCAACGGACGGUUGAGGAAGGGUGGAGGGGGGGGGGGAUGAACUACGCCUAAUUUUUACCGAGAACAGGUACUUGCGAGUACUUAAUAUGGGAAUAUUUUAAGAAUUUAUCGAUACACGCUGUACGCGCAGAUAUGAUGAAAAACGCUCCGAGAAUUAAAAAAAUGUGAAUUUCUGACGAAAAA